CCCAGGCGCUGUCUCAGUCCGUCGGCUUUCUUCCCUGCCCGAGCUGAGAUUUCAUACAAGCCAACGAGCCGGACAGCACAGGAGACGCCAAAACCCUCCAUCCGCUCAACCCUCGCUAGUCCUUCAGCACGUGUAGCGUUAAAUCCACUCCAGUGGGUGUAGUACGUCCUAUAUAUCCUUUCAAAUCACAGAAAAAUGUCUUGGCAAAGCUACGUGGAUAACCUGAUGGCCGAUGGCAGCUGCCAGGAUGCCGCCAUUGUUGGCUACACGGACGCCAAAUAUGUUUGGGCAUCGUCAGAGGGGGGUACUUUUAGCGGUAUAACGCCUGAUGAAAUCGAUGUCAUUGUUGGCAAAGACCGAGAGGCCUUUUUCACCAGUGGGCUGACUUUAGGGAAAAAGAAGUGCUCGGUGAUCAGAGACAGCCUUCCACUGGAAGGGGACUGGACAAUGGACAUCAGGACAAAGAGUCAUAAUGGAGAGCCGACAUACAAUGUUUCCAUAGGCAGAGCUGGCAAAGUGUUGGUUGUAGUCAUGGGAAAGGAAGGUACCCACGGAGGAUCGCUCAACAAGAAAGCAUUUAGCAUGGCUGAGUACCUGAGGAAAGUUGGAUACUAAAGCAGCCCCUUCCCAUCCAUCCACACAGCAGCUCACUUUAAAUACACCGCACCACACUACCCACCCACCCCUACCCUCAUCCUUGCCCCUGCCCUCUUUUGUCAACUUGACAACACUACCAGAAACAGUUAGUAGAUGCAUUGUUGUCUCUAAAUAUCUCUGUCCAUUUUUUUAUGAAGUUUUCCUUUUGUUUAAUGCUCCAUGUUCUUUAGUUUUCCAAAUUCUGACAUCUUUUUUUUGUGCCACAGUAAAUCAAGCAUGUUGGUUUUAUGAAGGUUCAGUCACAAACACUACUGUACAUACCAUAGAUGCAAAAUGAAGAAUUGAAGAAUUGGACUGCCCAGAAUUUGUGUAAAUUCACAAGUAAAUGAAGUCACUACAUUGUCCAAUGUUUUCCUUAGGCACUUGCUAAUGAACCAGCUUAAGAUAGAUUAUGCUUCUCGAGUGCUUUGAGUCCUUGCCGAGCUCUCAUGGUCUUCCUUGUAUACAGCAUGUCCAGGAUGAAGAAAGUGCAUGCAUAUCUUUUAGGUCAAUAUCAUCUUUUUUCCAAUAACUAACUACACCACCGUGUCUCAGCUUUGAGAAUGAAGUUAACCAGUCACAUAACACUUACUUUAUUUGAUCGGUUUGAUCCUGAAUUAAUUUAGUAAGCACCUCUGCCCCUGCCCUUGUGAACCGCAACACCCUGGCCCCCGCUGUACCUUCUUUAGUUUGAAAACCUUAUAUCAAAUGCUUUUGCUGUUGUAUUUGGAUGUGGUCUUGUAAGUCAUUGGUCUAAUGUUGGAAUAUUUUGAGUGUGGUGGCAGAUCAGCAUUUACAAGGUUUGGGUUAAAUUGUUCCCCAAGAGCCUUUGCAUCCCGGACUCUGUAUGGACAUUCCAUCGCUACAAUAGCUCAGGCACUUAUAAUUGUUGUUUGCCAGCUCCUGUAAAAUGUUUUUUCUUUUUUGUUUGUCCUUUUUUGUUUUCUUUUUUUUAAGACAAAAAGUGCUGCCAUCCCAAUUUACCUCUGGUUCUGUCCAUUUCACUUUGGGUUCUCCAAUAGGACCAAUUUUGUGUUGCAUCCGAAGGGAUUAACAGAAUUGCUCCAAACUGUUGUUGUGAAGGAUGACUGCUAGCUUCAUCUGUUGCUGACUUUAUAACACUAAAUUUUCAACACCAAGUACACAAUGUAACACCAAGCUAAUUUCUAUUAAACACUAUUACUGGCUUAACAGUUUAAAUUAAAAAUCAAGUGUAUGAUAACUACCUGAGAAUUUCUCUCAUGAAUGUCUUGAAUAGAUGAAAUGGCAGUCUUAUUGUUAACAUGUCACUUCAAAAUUCUUAAACAUUUUUGACUUUUAAUCUGUUAUUUUCAAGAAUGAAACCAUUUGGAAGUCAUUGCCUUGUACACUACUUAAUUGCGAUGUAUCAAACUGUCAUAGCACGGUACAAAUGCUUCAUUAAAUAGACAAAAAAUAUAUAUACUGAAGUAAACUGUGUACACUAACCUUUUCUGGGAUAUGGUGGUAUUAGUUGGAAAAAGACCACUAGUCGAAGUCAGUUGUAUUGUGGAAACUUGUUAAAUAAAGCUGUGUAUCCUGUGCCAUAAUGUAGAUCUGAUCUGUUGCUACUGUGAGAUGGAUUUUAACUGCUGCCUUGUGAGGAGUCAAUUCUUUAGUGGCACCUUUGGGAUAUUUGGCAUAAAUUCAAACUCCAGGGCUUGUGGAAAAUGUACAGAAAAAAAGAAGAAAAAAAACAUCAAAUUAUGUCCAAUUCUCUCCCUUCUUACAUCUGACCAGAUCAACUCAAUUUGCGUGAAAGGAAAGAAAAAACAAAUGCCAUGAUUUAACCACCUUGUUUACAGACAGAUCAAAUAAACCUAUUCCAACCAGAAA